CGACAAAACGUGGAUUUGCAGCAGCGCAGCAGCAAUAGCUUUAUCUAGAUUAAAAUUAGCGCCUUUUCGUCACUUAUUUGCCGCUCCUGCUACAGCAUUGCGUGUGCGAACGCUCUUUCAACUCCCAUUUCCACCUCACAGGCCACUUUGAUAUUUCCGGAAGAAGUUUUAGCAUCGUGGUUCUGCGGAAGUCCAAUUUCCCACCAGUCUCUCCAGUAGCCUGCUAUCUUGUGUGAAAAUGAAGAGCUACGUUCAAGGAAACGCAGCCAACUUUCUGAUGGACGCUUCCUUGUUGUAUAAAGAAACGUGCCCGGAGCUAUCACGAUUCCUACUGCAGCGGCCGAUGACGGCUAAGGCGAAUCAGAAAUCCUCCAGUCCGCUGCAGAGCGCCUUGAUGUGUCCGUACUGUUAUCAGUGGCUGCAGCCCGGCAAUCACCGGAUGAGGCUGCGUCCAAAGCAGCGACCAUCAGCGCGGGUGCAGAGUGUCCUGCGCCGGCAGGCCAGGGGCAAACGACUCAGCCUGGUGCAGAAAAAACUGCUGCAGCGCUUCCAAAAGUCCUCCUCCGUACUGAUGGCCACCUGCCACACUUGCAGUAAGACAUCCAGACAUAAAGGAAUGAACAGGGAGUUUAUAGCUACCUUCGGCAAGACCCACAGCACACCGGGGAGCGCCGGGAAACACAAGACCCCACAGUCAGCCCACAGAGCCAACAUGACAACCCCCAAGACUCCUGGGAAGGACAAGACACCUGCUCAUGCACCUAGGUCCUCCACCUCCUCCAACACUUCAGGGUCGAGCCCAUCUUCCUCCAAGCCCCCCCCCAAAGCUAAAAAUUGGGUCGUCCAGCGUCUCAGCAAGAUCCUCAUGCGAGAGGACAGCCCGGGCAGCAAGAAGGGGGGCUUGAAAGACUUUCUCUCCUCUCUUUGAGUAUCUCUGUAUGUCAAUUCUUAAAAAAAAAUACAAGGGUUUAGACCCAUGUUUGUAACCUGUUCAUACCAAAGGCUUAAGUGGAAACUUUUGUUUCCGAGCUGGUGUGGAAAGGGUUACAGUUUGCCCACCAACACAGCUAUUGGCGGGCUGUUUGGAAUGGCACUCCCGCUAUUCUGAAUGCAACAACUGGGAGCACUGGGGCUCGCUAUUCCAACUAUUAAUCAGGUAUCUUCUGCUGAGCCAGUUGGAGAGGAGAAUGUUUCUUUGUCUACUUUAGCACAAGCCUCGUGUAAUCUCCUCUACUGGGGUGGUUAUUUAAAGCGGAAUGUUUGAGGAAUUACUCAGUAUUUAUCAAAUGGCUGAAACAUGGCAGGAAACCCAGCUGUGUCCUGUGGCGGCGUUUGUGGCGUGACAAUCUAGUUUACAUGCCGAUAUCCUUCUCCAUUUUGGAUUUUUUUUCUAAAGCAACAUGUAUACACUUAUAUUAUACUUGUGAAACUAUUUCGUAUUACUUGAUGUGUACGCUUUUGUAUUUGAUGUAUUUAAUGUCUUUACUUUUUGGCCCUCUCCACUGGGGAGACGUGUCUGUGUAAAUUAAUUUGUAUGGCAUUGGCUGAACAUGUCCAGAUUGACGGUGUAUAUAUGUCAUUUUUGUACGUGCAUGCAAAUGUUUUUUUAAACUGUGCACAGUGAAUAUGAUAUGAUAUUUGCAUUUAUCAUCUAAAAUGGGACUCAUCAGCUGCUGUUUACAUUGAAGGGGCACUUCUGCCGAACACCUGUACAGAAAGACUUAACAUUUUCUUUUCAUACUUUCUCUGGCUAUAUGUUUUUAAAAGGUUACUUUUCAACUUUUUGUCAAGAGCAGGACUUUAAAUAUAUAUGUGCUGUGUUUUGUACUGCCUGUUUUCCAUUAGCUGUCCAAUGUACAGUAUGUGUUCAAAAUCUGAAAUACCUCACAUUUCUAUUCCACCUACGAUGUGAUUCUCUGAAAUAAAACCUUUUCAGUCCAUUAA